AUGGACAGGCGUCCAGUGCCGAAGUUUGGGAGCUUCAAACCGAGGGCUACGGUGAAACAGUCUGACCCAAAUCAGCCCCCUGCACAAGAAAGACCCAAGCAUGGUUCGAGGGAGAGAACACCUCCGAGAGAUCACGAGCGCAAGCGACGAAUGGACCGUAACAACUACGAUCGGCACCACAGACCAAAGGAGCGCGAACGACCAAGGAAUGAAGGCCAUGCACGCCACUCUCCGAGCACCAAGAUCCAAUCUUCUACUUCAGGGCUGGCCAAGAACGAGUUCGAGGGGAGCAAAUAUUUUAUCGUCGACCGCCGGGGGGACCUAAAGAAUAUCGAGUUUGGCCGUCUCCACCGCUACUCUGUGCCCAGCUAUCAUCGAGUCGGCAGCGGGAGAGUCUUAGGCCAUGCUGCUGGAUCAAAAAUCGAUCGGAAGGAGAGCACAGAAAGCGCAAUUGUUCUCGCUGCACGAGACUCAUCUGAACAUUCCGCUCGACCUUUGACCGACCCGAAAGCAAGGACGAAGAAGGGAGAACGGGCACUGAAGCUGGUCUUAUCGGAUGCACCUAUCGCUCCGCUUGACGAGAUCGACAGCGACUUCAUUCAACUUUCUAAAAGUUCUGGUCCUUUGAAGCGCAAGCGGGACUUGGACGAGGACAAUGCCGGCAACGUCGAGGUCGACUACCGUUCCAUUGAAGGCAAGGCGAAGGAGCCCACCCAGCCGGAUGAUCAAGAUCUCGAAUUUGAAACUGAUUCAGAUGUUAUUGAGCCCGAAGAUAUGGCCGUUGUUGAAGCUCGCAACAAGAGCGCAGAACUGUCACGUAGGACGAAGGAGGAUCCAAAGAACGUGGAUGCCUGGCUAGAACUGGUUCGGCAUCAAAGCCGAGUAGUCCACCCAAAAGCAGACCAUGCUUCUCUGAGCAAUGCAGAGAGUCGCACGCUGGCAGACAUGCGGGUGUCAAUAUACGAGCGAGCACUGAAAUAUGUUGUGGUCGGGACGAGCGGCUACGAGGACUUGUGGCUUGGUUUAUUGAAAGAAGGUGCCAUCCUUUGGGAGACUUCUAAACUCAAUUCCAAAUGGGAAACAGCGCUGGAAGACUGUCCAAGCAGUAUCUCACUCUGGGCCCGGUACCUUGAGUUUCUUCAGACGAACGCUACGUCGUUCAGCUUCUCAAACUGCAAGGAGGCCUACGUGCAGUGCCUUGGUGUCCUCGACAGUGUAGACCCAAUCUGGAACGAGACCAGAGCUUCCGCAAAGAUUGACACAUUCCUACGCUUGGCCGGCUUCGUGAGGGACGCUGGCUUUGACGAACUUGGCUAUGCAUUGUGGCAGAUUUUACUGGAAUACCACUUCUUCCGGCCUCCGAAUUUAGCCUCCGACAAAGAGGCCGAACUCGCGGCGCUCGAAGAAUGGUGGGAAGCUGACGUGCCGAGGAUUGGCGAGAACGGUGCUCUUGGCUGGGACCAAUUCUAUGCAAGCGGCAAUGUCGCUGAUGGCAAGCGCCUAACACGGUUGCCACUCAGCGGCAGGAAUACGGCGGGGUCUUCGCUGCAAGCCCGGCUGAAAUGGGAGGCAGAGGCAAUUUAUAAGCUGCAUCUCCCUGCGGCCACGGAGGAUGAAGAAGUCGACGAUCCUUACCGACAUGUCUUGUUCUCAGAUGUCCAAAAAAUUGUCACGCCUAUGCUAUCGGGAUUAGCAGGACGGGUCGUCCUCGAAGCGUUCCUGUGCUUCAUGCAGCUACCAGCUUUAUCUUGCGGGGCUGAUGGAGAUAUCCUCGCUGUGAAGUGGGAAGCUGAUCCUCUUAUUCGAAUGGGCCACAGUGGUCGUAGCGGGUCCGUCGGUGAAGCAUCUGCUUCGCCCACCACAGUUUAUCCGGCAAUUUGGAGGCAGUGCUGGACAUCAUACGACCUCUUCUCCACUGACCACUUUGCAACACUCAGCGAAGAUGCUGCAUGUUUCGUCGAGCGUGUUUUCGCUGCAGUCCUCGGCCACUCAGAGGAUGAACAUCUCGCCGAAUACUACCUCGCUUUUGUCCUUCAUCAUGAUCCUGAUUCCGCGGCGAAGCAUGCGAAGCGUCUACUCAAGGCUUCUCCAACAAGCUUGAAACUCUAUAACGCUUACGCCUUUAUCGAAGCAAAGCUCGGUAGAAUGGAGAAAGCAGUCAGUGUGUGGAAGGCCGCGCUGGCGGGCAGAGUCCACAAUGGCGACACGUACGACGUAGAUGCCACUCUGCUCUGGCAUAGCUGGAUGACUUUCUCCUUGCACAGCGGCAACGAAAACGAAGCGUUGGCCGUCAUCCUCGGCAUGGCCAACGGCAAUACUACGGCGCCGAGUAUGCUCCUUCCGGCGCCCGAAAAUGUUUCUGCUGCACAGUGUCUGAAAGCCACGCGCCACCUUGCGGAAGGCUUCAGUGUCAUGCUUUCAAGGCACAAUCAUCCGCAUGCAGUUCAGUAUGUCGACUGCUUGCUUUGGCUCACCUACGUGACCGCCGACUGUAUCGCCGUUGAUGCCGCUCUCUCAAUCUUCACAGAGUAUGCCAGUAAGCUGUCUCUCUCCUCCGGGACAUCACAUGCAGGGGUUGAACUGCUACACCAGGCAAAGGCAAGACUCAUCGUGUACCAUAUCGACAAAAAGCGACCAUACAAACCUGCAUUCCUCCGCUCUGAACUCACCUCCAGCAUGACACACUGCCCAGAAAACAGCAUUUUACAUUCCGCACUGUCAACCGUGCGUGGUCAAACUGUCAUCGACGAUCGACUGCGAGAUGCUGCUCAGAUGAAGCUGGUUUCUGGAAAACACGAGCUCGGGCUUAUAUCUUCAGGUCACAGAAUUGACGAAGAAGUAAGAAGAUUCAACAAUGGAGCUGCAACAUCACACUCUGUGCGAUCAGCUUUCUCCUCCGCUCUCCUCGACAGUGGCAGCGCUGUCAAGCCCUCGACCGCUCUCUGGAAUAUGUGGCUGGAUUUUGAGUUUCGAGUAUCCGUGAAAAGCAGGUCACUCAACAGUCGAUUCCGCGGCAAGCGAACAUUAAGCCAAAACGAUACGCUUCAACUGAAGAAGGUCUUCUAUAACGGCAUGCGACAUUUGCCGUGGAGUGCGAUUUGGGUUGUUCGCGGCCUGGAUCUCCUCGUCGAGCUCGGUGGGGUAGAAGAUGAAGAGUGUCAGCGAGUUCUUGAAGUGUCUGAGGAGAGGGAGCUGAGGAUGCGCUACUUGUCCGGUGAGCUUUGA